AAGACAACCAAUUAAAACCGGACAUGUGUAAUCACGAAUUAGCAUCAACGCGUGUGAAAUAGAAAGGAAAGUUCUUUCCUUCGAUCUUAAUCUUUUGCGAACGAACACAAACGCAGAAGAACAGAACAUCCUAAGAUCUUCCCAGCGAUCUUCAAUCGAUUGGGUGGAGGUAGAAGAGAUCGAAGUGUGGUUUUAUUCAGAGCCGGUGAAUUAAGCAAGAUCUUCAAGUAAUCAUGAUGAAUCGGCUGUUCGGGAAACCAAAGCCGGAGACGAAUGCUCUCCAGACAUUAGACAAACUUAACGAGACACUUGAGAUGCUAGAGAAGAAGGAGAAGGUACUCUUGAAGAAAGCUGGACAAGAGGUUGAGAAGGCCAAAGAAUACACUCGUGCUAAGAACAAACGCGCGGCUAUACAGUGUUUGAAAAGGAAGAGGUUAUAUGAGCAACAAGUCGAACAGCUUGGCAAUUUCCAGCUCCGUAUACAUGAUCAGAUGAUUAUGUUAGAAGGCGCAAAAGCAACAACCGAAACUGUCGAUGCUUUGAGGAGUGGAGCUUCUGCAAUGAAAGCAAUGCAGAAAGCUACAAAUAUCGAUGAUGUAGACAAGACCAUGGAUGAGAUCAAUGAGCAGACAGAGAACAUGAAACAGAUCCAAGAAGCAUUGUCUACUCCAAUCGGGGCAGCAGCUGACUUCGACGAGGAUGAGCUAGAAGCAGAACUCGAGGAACUAGAAGGUGCAGAGCUUGAAGAGCAGCUUCUUCAGCCGACCACAGUAUUGCCUUCAGUUCCUGCAGGGCGUCAACAAGCACGUCCUAUACCUAAGAGGACCGCGGAGGAGGAAGAACUUGCUGCAUUACAGGCUGAGAUGGCUCUCUAAGGUUAUUUCACGAUUCGAAGCAGACCUGUAUGCAUUGAUAAACACGAACAGGCGAUGUAUAUAAGGAUUUCAAUGUCAAAAUUUAAAACCCUGAGCGGAACUUAUAAUAAUAAUUGUCGUCGUGCAUGUUAUUUUUAUCAACAUUCUACUGUUUCGUUUCCUUCACAUAUAUUUAUCAUCUUUUGUAUUUCUUUUGAAACUCUUUUUCCUUUUGGGUAAAAUCUAAUCGGUUACUAGUA